CAGUGUAAAUCGGGAAUCCAGGAGAAGGCGGAGGAUAACCAGCACUGUGAGAAAGGGGAGAGAACGCUUUGCUUCCUGAAAAUCGUAACUAGCUUGCUAGCUGUUGACACCUGUUCUCGGUUUCCACGAAGUCGUAUGGAUACUUUACAUUCCACCUGGAAAACUACCACAUUUUGAUUAUAAAUACGUUAAUACGCACAGCAUUCUUAAUGUUUCAGCGGAAACACAAGUCUUGCCAUACAGUGAAGAUCAUCGAACGGGCAGAGAAUACCGCUAUACUGGGGCAGCCUGUAGCCUAGUGGCUAAGGCUCUUCCGGGUUGUGAUGAAUUCCAGGUUGGGAGUGCUGGGGUCUCGGCUGGGGAACAUGGACCCGAAGGAUCGCAAGUCUGAGGUGGUCUGUGCCGUGCGCUUCCUGGACAACACCGCGCACAACUUCUGGAUCAACAAGCAGGACGUGGGCCAGGUUCUGUUGGACAUGGUGUUCAGUCACCUGGGGCUCCAGGAGAAGGAGUACUUCAGCCUGCAGCACAGCGAGGAUGCACUCAGCUCACCUAGGUGGCUGGAACCCAACAAGCCCGUCAAGAAGCAGCUCAAGGGGAUCUUUCCCUCCUGCCUGAGUUUCAGAGUGAGGUUCUUCAUCGCUGACCCAAACUCCCUCCAGCACGAACAAACAAGGCACUUGUAUUUUCUGCAGAUCAGGAAUGACGUCCAGGAGGGGCGGUUAGUCUGUCCCCUAAGCUCGGCAGUGGUCCUGGCUUCUUAUGCAGUUCAGGCUGAAUUGGGGGACCACUCUCCCUCAGAGCACAGUGCUGGGUACCUCUCUGCCUCCAACUUCCUGCCUCACCAGGACGACGACUUCCUGGCCAAAGUGGAGUCUCUGCAUCCCCAGCACCGGAGUCUGAAACCAUCAGAGGCUGAGCUGUGCUUUCUGAAUACGGCACGGACACUAGAGCUCUAUGGCGUGGAGAUGCACCAGUGCAGGGAUUCCAGCCAAUCAGAUUUGCUGGUGGGGAUUGCCUCUGGCGGUGUGGCCAUCUUCCGAAAUCUCAUCUGCUCAGACUUCUUCUCCUGGGUGAAUAUCAUCAAGAUUUCCUUCAAGAGAAAACGAUUCUUCAUUCAGCUGAGACACAAACACGGAGAGAGACGUGACAACACUGUCAGCUUCUUCAUGCUGAGCUACAGGGCCUGUAAGAACCUGUGGAAGUCGUGUGUGGAGCACCAUGCCUUCUUCCAGGUGAAGAGGAGUCCGUCACAUGACAAGAAAUCCUUCCCCAACUACAGCGCGCUGACCUCCGCCAACCCUGUACGGUCCCUGAACAGCCACAUCUACAGGAAGGUUUUGGGAGGCAUGGUCUGGAACCCUGAGCUGAAGAAGUCCUUCUCUACAGAGCACCUGGAGACCAAAAGCCUGCCAUCCCGCUCUCCACCAAUCACGCCCAACUGGAGAAGCCCCCGUCUGCGGCACGAGAUCCGUAAGACCCGGCACUCGUCUGUGGACAACCUGGAGGGUGAGAUGAGCUACAUCACUGAAACGGAGGAGGUGUUCUACACCUACAAGGGCAAUAAGGCCUCCGCUGAGCUCCUGCAUCCCCCAGAGCAGCCUCCCCCGGGGGGAGAGUCCCCGGCCCCCCCCACCAGCCCCCCGCUCCAGAACAGAGACAGCUUUGAGAACUACGCAGGGGAGGAUACGAUCGACGGGAACUCUCAGCACUGCGGAGAUCAGAACAUGGUGGUAGAUGGUGAUCUGCUGCUGGUGCACAUUGCUCCAGAUGAAGAGGGAAAGUUUGGUUUCAAUGUGAAGGGCGGGGUGGACCAGAAGAUGGCGCUGAUGAUCUCGCACGUGAGCGCAGACUCUCCGGCGGGGCAGAGUACGCCCCCCUUGCUGGAGGGGGACCACAUCGUGCUGAUUAACGGCCGGGACAUCUCUGAGCACACGCAUGACCAGGUGGUGAUGUUCAUCAAGGCCAGCAGAGAGCUGCACUCCAAAGAGCUCACUCUGCUGAUCCGCAGGAAGGGUGUUGGGGUGCGUCCGCCGGGGGAGGGGUUGGGCUUCCCCAUGCUGGGGGACCCCAUCACGCCCCCGGGGCAGGCGGGGGAGCCCCCCCUGGCCCCGCCCUCGCCCCAGAGCGGGGGCACGCUGGAGGAGUCCAUGAGCCGGCUGAGGAGAGCUCUGCAGAGCGGGGUGCUGCUCGCCCAGUUUGAGCAACUUUACAGGAAGAAGCCUGGAAUGUCAGUGUCAUUUGCAAGAUUAUCUCAGAACAUGGAGAAAAACAGAUACAAGGACAUAUUACCAUAUGACAUCAGCAGAGUGGUUCUGGAGGAGGGGGAGGAGGACUACAUCAACGCCAGCCACAUUCAGAUGGACCUGGGGGCGGGGCUGGCGGAGCAGUGGGCGGGGUCAGUGAAGGAGUACGUGGCGAGUCAGGGGCCCCUCCCCCACACGUGUGGCCAGUUCUGGCAGGCGGUGUGGGAGCAGCAGGCACACGUCAUCGUCAUGCUAACCACACUGACCGAGAGAGGAAGGCCGAAGUGUCACCAGUACUGGCCCGACCCGCCGGAGCUGCGCACCUACGGGAACCUGCAGGUCUGCUGCCACUCUGAGGAGUGCAACCUGGCCUACGUGUUCCGAGAGCUAACGCUGACCAACGUGGAGAGCGGGGUCGAGCGCACAGUGACGCACCUGCAGUACGUUGCCUGGCCGGAUCACGGGGUUCCCGAGGACCCCACAGAUUUCCUGGACUUCGUCAGCUUCGUGCGGAAUAAAAGGAGCGACUCCACGCCACUGAUGGUCCACUGCAGUGCUGGGAUUGGACGAACUGGUGUACUUAUCACCAUGGAAACGGCGAUGGAGCUGAUUGAGAAAGAUGAGCCAGUGCACCCCCUGGACAUCGUUAGGAGGCUGCGGGACCAGAGAGCCAUGAUGGUGCAGACGGCGAGCCAGUACCGCUUUGUGUGUGAAGCGAUCUUAAGGGUGUACCAGGAGAAGAAACAGGGUUCCCCAUCUUAAGGGUGUAGCCGAAGAGACACUGGGUUCCCCCAUUUUAAGGGUGUAGCAGGAUAAGACACUGGGCACCCCACAGGCUAACAGGCAGCCCCAGGAGAGAAGGGUUCCCCACAUGCCUGCUGCUACCUCUGGGAGAGAGGGGCUCCCCCAGAUACCCCACCUGUCCUCAGCCAGGUGCCUCUACAUCCGGGGACCUCUUCAUGUACUGGAUCAUCUGGGAUCAUCUGAGAUCCUCUUCAUGGACUGGAUCAUCCAGGAUCCUCUUCAUGUACUGGAUCAUCUGGGAUCAUCUGAGAUCCUCUUCAUGUACUGGAUCUCACGGAUCUGGGAUCCUUAGCGAUCCUCUUCACAUUUCGGAUCGCCUGGGAUCAUCUUCACGUAGCGGGUGACUGGAGUUAGCGGGCCCGUUGAGACGCGCGUGAUUCACAGUGGGAUUAUGGGUAAUCAUACUCUUUGUAGAAACGGGCAGAUAGUGGCCUUAUAGAUACUGACAGACCUUCAUCUGAGCUCAGCCAGAAGGCCUGGAGAGCACACGGAGACCCCGGAGCAUCAUGGGAAUUUAGAGCUGGGCUUGAUUAAUUUAGCUGAGUUCCCAUGAAUCUGCACAUGCUUUAUUAUCUAUCAUAAAAUAAUAUUAUUUCUGAAAAUAAAUGAUACUUUUCAUUCUGCAAA